UUGUUUGUUAUUUUCAUAAAAAUUGGGAUUGUUUAAGCGCAAUAAACAACUCUUGAUUUAAUGAAAAUAUGUAAUGUUCUUUUAUGUGAAUAGAUUACAAUUCUUAUGCUUGAGUAGUUCAAGGAGACCUGCAAAAUAUUUUCAUCAUUAGACGUUAAAGUUUAUUAAAGUGUAUCAAAUGUUCUUCAUGAAUACUUUGUGCAUGGGAGUUAGAAUGAAAGAAAGAUUCGCUCUUUUAUAAACUUUUUCAUCUUUUGGAAUCAUUGUUUGAGCGCUUGAGGUGAGUGGGGGUUCAAAUUUUUUUAAUUUUAUUUCGUGACAAUGUGUGUGCAUGCUUAAAUGAUUUCAAAAGUACAAACUUUCUCCGUGGGAUCGACCCUUACUUGCCCUAGCUAUAGUCUUUAUUUGAUUAUAUUUUGGGGGUUAGUUAAGGAUAUUUUAUAAAUUUUUAAUUUGUUUUGGACCACACGACAAGUCCUCAACAAAUUUUGGCGCCGUUGCCGGGGAAAGUUUAAUUUGUAUAAAAUCAGUUUAGGAUGUGCUUUUUGUGUUUGUUUGAGAAUGCAGGUUGUAAAAGCAAGCCUCAAAUUUUUUGUGCGAAGUUAUUUCACAUGUUAAAGUCAUAGCAUUGAAGUUAUGUGUGGUUUGUAUGCUAGAACAAAUUGAAAUCAGUAUCUGUGCUUGAAUUCAUUGCUGAAAAUUGUGUUCCAUAUGUUGUUUUUGAACUGAAUUUAAAGCUAUAACAUGAUGUCAAAAGUCUUAUUCUUGAGUAUUUGAUGCUACAUUUGCUUAAAAAUCUGAUUUAUACAUGCUGAUUUUUUUUGAAGAAAGUGCACUUUUGACUUUGUUUUCAUGCUGUUUUUGUCAUUGGAGUGCUUCUUUGCUUCAAAUAUGAACUAUAUAUGAUAUAUCUUGCUUGAGGACAAUAUCUAGAAGCAUGACUUGAUGUUUAUAUGUUGAUUUUUUAGAUUUAGAAGUUGAAUUUGCUGAAAUUUAGACCUACACUGCUGUUUUGUUGAAAAAUCUGCAACAUUUUUGCUGGAUUCUUAUGCUGAAUUUGAGUUCCUAAGAUGCUUUUUAUGCCUGACUUAUGAACUUUCAUUGCUAAAUUUGCAUAGGAACUAAUUUUAGACGCUUAUCACUUGUUCAUUCAAUAUUAUUUUGACCCUUAUAUGCUGAUUCUUUAUGCGGAAGGGCUCGAAGUGCUCGAGUGUUGGUAUGCCAUUAAAUUUCAAUUUUCUUAAGCCUUCUGUGUUUAUAUUUGAUCAUUUAUGAGAUGAAAAUUGAAAAAUUCUGCACUUUUAAGGCUGAUUUUUGAGUACCAAUGGAAAAAUUCUGCACUUCUCAAUUUGAUUUUUGGGCUAUAAACUGAAAAUAUGCACCUUAGGAUCGUCAACUCUCUAUAAGGCCUGGAGUCAAAGAUUCAAAGGCCUUUUGGUUACUUUGAACCCCCACUCACCUCAAGCGCUCAAACAAUGAUUCCAAAAGAUGAAAAAGUUUAUAAAAGAGCGAAUCUUUCUUUCAUUCUAACUCCCAUGCACAAAGUAUUCAUGAAGAACAUUUGAUACACUUUAAUAAACUUUAACGUCUAAUGAUGAAAAUAUUUUGCAGAUAUUGGCUGUACUAUCUGUCUUCCAAAGGGGAAAACAGAGGUGGUGCUAGCACAACUGCAGAGGAAAGUUCUUCAGACAAUGUCCUUAUCAUGAGUCUGAACAAAUCAGUAAAGAGGAAACAAGUGGUGUCUCCCUCUCCCAGUGCUGAAGUACCACAGAAUCUUGCUCCAAUCAAUCUUGAAGAAGAAGAAGAAAUCUCUGACCAAGGUGAACUACAAAGGAAAAAGAAGAGGAAGAUCACCUCUCCCUCAACAUCUGGACAUGUCAAUCCGGAUGAGUUGAAGGAGAAGGAACCAACUGAGGACACCUCUGCUCACAACCGGAGUCCUCAACAACUUGAAGAGGAAAUUCCUCAAGUUCAGAAUUCUCUAACUUCCUCACAACCUCAAGUAGAUGAUGCUGAGAAUCAAUUCUGGCAGCUCUACUAUGACUGGAGAGCUUGGAAAGUUGGAAAUUCAGCAGAACAGUUGCUGAGUUGGGACCAGCAAUUGAAGAAUGAAAAGAUCAUCAAGAAAUGCUUAGGUCUGCCAAUCAACUAUUGCUGUGAGCAAAUCCUGGAUGUUGACUGGGUAUGGCAAAGGAAUUAUGAAGAUUUGCAUCUGGAACACUUGGUCACCUCACCAAUUUCAGAGUUUGAGGUGGAUGAUGAGGAUCCUGCAGUAUACAAACCAGUCCUUUCAAAAACCACAGAAGAUCAGGUGGUUCUCACUUCUGAAGCACAAGCUAACUUGGAAACAACAGCUGAGGAUUUCCAAAUAUUUCCGGAAGCCUCAUCUGCCUUUGAAACUGUUCCACCUGAAGCUGAAGUCUCUACACCAAAACAGAACCAGGAAGGAUCAAAUGAAGAAUUCCAGCAACUUCUCUAUUCUGAAGCUUUAGAGAUUCUCACAAAUCCUUGUGAGAUCACCAACCCUACUGAAGCAGAGAUCCCGGAGGAGUCAACAAAAAAUCUGGAGAUGUCCAAAACUCUAGAAACAAAUGAAGCUCAAGAAGAGCAAGCUGUAGAAGCCCAGAGAAGUUCUGCAGAAGCUGAGAAGGAAACUCAAAUGGCAGAACUGGAGGCCUCCAAAUCUCCAGUAGCCAUUUUUGAAGGACAGAAUGAAGCAGAAGAAAGAGACUCCCUCUCUCGGAAUAUAUCAAACUUCACACUUGGGGAAGCAGAAGAAGAAUCUGAAAGAACCCUGAAGAUCAAUGAUGAAGAAGAUGUACAAGAUGAUGCUGAAUCUCUUCCUAUGCAACCCUUCCAAAGAACUCUCUCUUCUCAUCAGGUAAACAACUUCCAUUUCCAUAGCUCUUCCAUUCCUACUCUUCCGGAUGAGGUACCGGAAAUCUGGACAAAGAAGGUCCAAGGGCUGAUUGACUCAACCCUAGCAUCUCAACAUGCCUCCUUUAGGCAAGAGAUAGAGCAGAUGGAAGCCAGGCAAAACAAACUGAUUGAGAAAUUCGAAGAAACACAUUGCUCCAAUCUCAAGGAGAUAAGCAAAUCAGUGGAUAAGACUCUAGAAAUCUUAUCUCUAUUGAGUAACACUGUGAGCAACACGAUGGAGACAUAUGCAUCUGAUAGUUAUCUUCAACUCAAGGAGGCUAACAACAUCAGAGAGCAAGUAGCAAAUGUCACAAUCAGUCUACAAAAACAAAUGUCCAUUCUCCAAAUGGACAUCAGAGCAGCUCUGGCAGUGUCUUCAGGAAAUCAAGUAGUAACCAAAGACUACUUGAAGGUAAUCAUUGACAAUCAGAAGGAAGCAUACAAACUAUUCAGACUUCUUACCACAAAUUCUGGAAAUCGCAAGAUGGAAGUGGUUCUUCAACAACACAGUCCAUCCUUGAUUCCAGAGCUCCCCAUUGCAGUCAAAGAAGGAGAAGUCUCUUACAUUCCUACGCAUCUAAACUUGACUGAUCUAGUCCAUGAAGCUCAGAGAAGCAAUCCGGAAAACUCAACACAGCGCUUAUCCAGCUUCGGAUUGGAUGGAACAGAGGCUGUAGGAACAAUUGCUGCUCACUUCUCAAAUGAAAAUCAAACAGGGAAGAGACGGAACAACAUAAGGCGCAAUAAAGAACUAUGUGGAAACAUGCAAGGCAUCAGGGAGAUUGCCGAAUCUUCAAAGCGCAAGAAGCACUGAAGGCUUUUUUCAUCAAAUCAGGGGGAAAGUAUGUGAAAACAUUAAUUUGCUUUGAUGAAAACACCUUCUUAUUUAAACAUUGCUCUAUUGGUUUAAACAUUGCCUUAAUAUUUCUCUUAAUUGUGCUCACUAUGCUUGAUUAUACCUAAUUCAAGUAUGUUUUUGAGAUCUAUUCUUAGCGCAUACAUUCAGGGGGGAUGUAAUUCAGGGGGAACUUAACUAGUUUUUGGCUAACAAUUGUUUUUGGCAAUGAAUUAUUGAUAAGCUC